AUGGAUGAUCAGAGUCAUGCACUAGAUUCUGUAAACAGAACAAUUGUAUGUUUUUCGGAAACAAUAUACAGGACAAAUGGUGUCUGGGAAGGGCCUAAUCCAUUGUCUCCAAUCGUGCCAAUAUUUGUCUUUCAGUUACCUCUUUGUAUAUUCGCCACUCGCGUUGUCCAGCUCCUGUUAAAGGGUUUCCACAUGCCCUCCUUCGUCGGAGAACUCAUUGGUGGAAUAUUAAUAGGACCGACAUUUUUUGGGAAAAUAAUGCCAUCAUACUACAGAUGGUAUUUUCCGGCCUAUUCUUUCAUAGUGUUAGAGCCAAUGGCACACUUUGCUCUAAUUUACUACGCGUUCGUCAUGGGGCUAAGGAUGGACAUCCUAACGAUACGUAGGACACCAACCAGGGCUGUUGGCGUCGCUAUUUCAGGAACUCUCAUCCCUUUCUUGCUAGGAGUAGGCUUCUUUUUCAUGAUCUCAACCAGUCAGAAGAUCUCUGGUUGCAUUUUCUGGGGCUUUGCGCUCUGCGUUUCAGGAUACUCAGCACUUGCUCAGAUAAUUGAGAAGCAACAACUCGUGCACACGGAGAUAGGAAAAUUGGCCUUGGCGACCAGCCAGGUUAGCGAGAUCAUCUCAUGGGGCCUUCUUACAAUGGGACUAGCUAUGGCAAACACUCGAGGUGGAUUUUUUACGGCCACUUUUUUUUCGGCUCUGUAUGUUUGCUUCUGUUUCUAUGCGAUCCGUCCAGCUCUGGCAUGGAUCAUUCGUCACACAGCAACAGGACAAGGGUACAGUGAAUUUUAUCUUUGUUCUGUGCUGAGUGGAGUGGCAUUCAGUGGCGUAAUGACAGAUGCCCUUGGUACACACCCGAUGAUCGGAGCGUUGCUGUUUGGCCUAAUUAUACCUGAUGAAGUGCUGCAAUCUACUCUGGUAGAGAGGGUAGAGGAUUUUGUUUUGGGAAUUUUGAUGCCGACCUUUUUUGCAGUCUGUGGAAUCAGAACAAAUUUAUCCUCUUUGGCGACGAAUAACAUAUCAUUUGUGGUGGUUAUGGUUGUUAUAGUUCUGCUUACUGUCGCGAAGAUUAUCAGCGCUCUUUUUGCCUCGUUGUUCACCACUCUGCCAGCUAAAGAAGCCGCAGCUAUUGGCCUAUUGACAAACACCAAGAGCAUUUUGGCCUUGAUCAUCCUCGAAAUUGCUCAAGAGCAUGGGGCCUUAACCACGCAAGAAUUUUCAAUCAUAAUAGUGGCGAUUAUUCUUAUGACUAUGAUUGUUCCUCCGCUGACAAUGGUUUAUCAUCCGGUUGAUAAUGUCAUGCCCUACAAGAGAAGGACAAUUGAGAAAUCAAAAGCAGACGAAGAGCUCCGAGUACUUGCAUGUAUCUAUGACAUGCGCAAUGUUCCCUCUAUCAUUAACCUCCUCGAGGCCUCGUAUGCAAGCCAGAAAUCACCAAUUAGCGUCUUUGCCCUCCACCUAGUAGAGCUUAUUGGAAGGGCUAUGGCGAUGAUUACUGUCCACACCACCCGAAAAGCAGGUACCAAACACCUCACACAAGCCGAAGCCCAAACAGAACAAAUAAUCAGUGCUUUUGACAAUUAUGAGCUGCGUUGUAACGGUGUCAUGGUCCAGACUAUCACUGCUAGAGCUGCCUUUUCUAGCAUGGAUGAAGAUAUUUGCAGUAUAGCCAAAAGUAGGCGCGCAGCUUUUAUAAUCUUGCCCUUUCAUAGACAACAAGCCCAUGAUGGGGAAAUGGAAGACAUCAAUCCCUCCAUACGAAACGUGAAUGAAAAUGUGUUGACAAGCACACCUUGCUCAGUAGGUAUACUAAUAGACCGUCGAAUGCCUGAUUCUUUUGAGUUUCCACGUCGUGUGGCUGUGUUAUUCUUCGGAGGCCCUGAUGAUAGAGAGGCCUUAGCCUAUGCAUGGAGAAUGUCGGAGCACGAAAAUGUGAGCCUUAAAGUUGUUAAGCUUGUGCCAGCAAAGACUGAGGCACCCUCGGAUCCAAUGGAUUUCAUGGGGGCAGGCCCUGCAGCCGUUUCUGUCCCUAUAGAUGCUGAAAAAGAGAAAAUGUUAGAUGAUGAAUGUAUAAACAAGUUCAAUAUUGAUACAGUGAACGACAAUUCAGUAGUGUUUCAAGAAUUGGUGCUAAAUGAUGAAGAGGAAACUAUAAGAACUAUCAAAGGAAUGGAUGGCAAUCAUGAUCUUUUCAUCGUAGGUAGAGGACGAGGAUCAUCAUCUCCUCUAACUACUGGCCUGGCUGAUUGGUGUGACUGUCCUGAGCUCGGGCCUAUUGGAGAUCUUUUCGCGACUUCAGAGUUCUCUUCCUCCUUUUCUGUACUAGUAAUGCAACAGUAUAUAAAAACUGCAGAAACUGAAGAAUCAGAACUAUCUGCUGAAUCAUUCGCGAGACAGGACUCAGAACAGCUUCCCUGGAGAGCAUCAAGCGCAGCCACUGAAGAUGUAUUCGGGUCCUUUGAUAGUAAAGAUAACAAGUUUAGUCAUGAAAGUUAA